UACCUUUCUUUAAGGCAUCAGUCCACUUUUCCCUUCAAACUAUACUCACCAGAAUCAAACCUUCUUCAGAGCUCGACAUAAAGAACCUUGGGAUUUUGGAACUAAAACCCAAACUCUCUCUCUCUCUCUGCAAUAACUACAGCUUCUGCUGAGGCAUCUUCCCACUGAUAUCACAAACAGAACCCAUCUCUCUCUCUCUCUCUGUCUCUCUCUCACAUGCUCAAAACCUCUCUUGCUCUCUCAUUCUUGUUUUUUCACUCAAUCAAGUAAUGGAAGAGACCGAAGAAUCCAAUGGUAACAAGAAAUGCCACACCAAAACCAGAAGCCUAAGGGGCGGAGCCAACCCUCAGAAGCAUCACCAUCAGCAUCAACUAAUACAGUACUCAAACCAGUUUGGUUUCUGCAACCAGAAUCAGUACCAGAGAUAUUACUACCCAGCCCUUCUUCCACUCCCUCCUCCAAUACCUCUGCAACUAGCUUUAACUCCACCUCUGCCGCAAAACUACAACUUCAGAUCAAAAACCCAUUUGCAGAAACCUUCAUGCAGGCUCAAUAAUGCUCCUUUUGCCGCCUCUUCAGAAACCCAAGUGUCCACCGCCACAAUUUCACCAUCAGCUUCAGAGGGGUUCCAAGAGCAAACCAGUUCACCUUUCAAAGGAGAAGAUGUAAGGAAGUUGACAUGUGCAAGAACAGGAAAAGCAAUAGUGACUGCAAGGAGACCAGACUCUGGUGGUGUAGAAGGAACUGUUAUCUCUCUCUUAGCUAACCAUUUUCUUGUCCAAUUUGAUUCAUCAGAACGAAUUUUCCAUUAUAAUGUUGACAUCUCGCCUAAUCCCUCCAAGGAAGUUGCUCGAAUGAUCAAACAAACACUGGUAGAGGAUAACUCAGCUUUGCUCUCUGGUGCUAUUCCAGCUUAUGAUGGCCGCAAGAAUCUUUACAGCCCGGUUGAAUUCAAAAGUGAUAGACUUGAAUUCUAUAUAAGCCUCCCCAUCCCCACAAGCAAGCCAAGCUUGCCAUUUGGAGUAUUCAGUGGUUUCCAGGAGAAGCAUCAACAACUUAAACUAUUUCGUAUAAAUAUCAAACUGGUGUCAAAGAUUGAUGGGAGGGAAUUGAGUAGUUACCUGAGCAAGGAAGGGGAUGACUGGAAGCCUCUUCCUCAGGAUUAUCUCCAUGCCUUGGAUGUCGUUUUGAGGGAGGCCCCAUUGGAGAAGUGUAUACCUGUGGGAAGAUCACUUUAUUCAAGUUCAAUGGGAGGAACUAAAGAUAUUGGAGGAGGAGCUGUGGGAUUGAGGGGGUUCUUUCAAAGCCUUCGACCAACCCAACAAGGACUAGCUCUCAAUGUAGAUUUCUCUGUGACUGCUUUCCAUGAAAGCGUUGGAGUGAUCUCAUACUUGCAGAAGCGUCUUGAGUUUCUUCGAGACCUUUCUCAAAGGAAGACAAGGGGUUUAACUGAAAAAGAAAGGAAAGAAGUGGAGAGGGCUUUAAAGAACAUCAGGGUCUUUGUUUGCCACAGAGAAACUGUUCAGAGAUACCGGGUUUUUGGCUUAACCGAGGAAGCCACUGAAAAUCUUUGGUUUGCAGAUAGGGAUGGGAAGAAUUUGAGGCUGGUGACUUACUUCAAGGAUCACUAUAACUAUGAUAUACAAUUCAGGAAUUUGCCUUGUUUGCAGAUUAGUAGGAGUAAACCAUGUUAUCUUCCAAUGGAGCUAUGUAUGAUCUGUGAAGGCCAGAAGUUUCUUGGGAAGCUGUCAGAUGAUCAGACUGCAAGGAUACUUAAAAUGGGCUGCCAACGACCAAAAGAACGAAAAGCCAUUAUAGAUGGAGUCAUGAGAGGUCCUGUUGGACCAACAAGUGGCAUUCAGGAAAGAGAAUUCAAACUCCAUGUUUCAAGAGAAAUGACGCGAUUGAAAGGAAGAGUUCUUCAACCUCCAAAGCUAAAGCUUGGAGAUGGUGGACAUGUAAGAGACCUAAUUCCCUCUCGUCAUGAUCGCCAGUGGAAUCUUCUGGGCAGCCAUGUGUUUGAAGGUACUCGAAUCGAGAGGUGGGCAUUGAUUAGUUUUGGUGGAACCCCUGAUCAGAAGAACAGCAUUCCAAAAUUCGUACACCAGCUAUCUCAAAGAUGUGAACAGUUGGGCAUCUUUCUCAAUAAAAACACAAUUAUUAGUCCCCAAUUUGAACCAUCCCAAGUCCUUAACAAUGUGUCUCUUUUAGAAUCUAAGCUUAAACGAAUCCAAAGAGCUGCAUCAAACAAUCUCCAGCUGCUUAUAUGUGUAAUGGAAAGAAAGCACAAAGGCUAUGCAGACCUCAAGCGAAUUGCAGAUACAAGUGUUGGGGUUUUAAGCCAAUGCUGCUUGUACUCAAACCUUGACAAGUUGGGUUCACAGUUUUUGGCAAAUCUGGCUCUCAAGAUCAAUGCAAAAGUUGGAGGAUGCACAGUUUCUUUGUACAAUUCCUUGCCAUCUCAAAUCCCCCGGCUACUUCAAACUGAUGAGCCAGUGAUCUUUAUGGGUGCAGAUGUGACUCAUCCGCACCCACUCGAUGAUUUUAGUCCUUCUGUUGCUGCUGUGGUUGGUAGCAUGAAUUGGCCCGCAGCAAACAAGUAUGUUUCAAGAAUGAGGUCUCAGACACAUAGACAAGAAAUCAUCCAGGACCUUGGUACAAUGACAGAAGAAUUGUUGGAUGAGUUUUACCAGGAAGUCGGCAAGCUCCCAAAGAGAAUAGUUUUCUUUAGAGACGGGGUAAGUGAAACGCAAUUUUAUAAAGUGCUUCAAGAGGAGUUGCAAGCCAUUAAAGGUGCGUGCUCAAAAUUUCCUGGUUUUGCACCUCCUAUAACAUUUGCAGUGGUUCAGAAGAGGCAUCACACAAGGUUGUUUCCUUUCAAAAUUGAUCCAUCUUCCAGGCAGAACCAGUUACUGGACGAAAACAUUCCCCCGGGAACUGUUGUGGAUACUGUGAUCACUCAUCCAAAAGAGUUUGACUUCUAUCUUUGUAGCCAUUGGGGUGUUAAGGGAACAAGCAGGCCAACCCAUUACCACAUAUUGUGGGAUGAAAACCAGUUCACUUCAGAUGAACUACAGAAACUGGUUAACAUUCUGUGCUAUACAUAUGUAAGGUGCACCAAGCCAGUUUCUCUGGUGCCUCCGGCUUACUAUGCUCACUUGGCUGCAUAUAGAGGUAGGCUUUACCUUGAGAGAUCAGAGUCCACAGCUUACACCAGAAGUGGUUGCACACUCUCCCGAGCUGGCCCCCCAAAGGAAAUGGAACUACCAAAACUUAGUGAGAAUGUAAGGAAACUCAUGUUUUACUGCUGAAUUUUAAUUCCUUUAACCUCCUUGCAUGGCAGUUAAUUCAUUGGUUUAUAUAGGAAGGCCACAUAGAUUAUGUUAGUCCAAUGUAACAGAACACAAGCUGAUCAAUUGCCUAUGCUACUUCCCACUUAUGAUUAA